AUGGGCCCCUCUCUGCGGCUCCUCCUCUUAUCCUCUUCGGCUCCAAACUUUCACCAAUCAGGCCUGGGAGCGACGACCCGGACCGAGGACAAAACAACCCUGGAACUUUGCAAACGCGACGCAACACAUCCUCCGCCCAGUCCUGGAACUGCGAGAGCGGGCUGGAAGCAAGACUCACGCCCGUGCAGAGAGCAUCCCCAGCUGCUGCGAGUCUGCCUGGAGGGGAGAACAGAAGGGGGAGGCAGGGAGGGGGGGAGAGGAAACGUCCCCACCCCAACAAAAGUGUGCGAACUGCAGAGGAAGCCCACCGAACUGCUGCGUUCAGGGGCCGUGCGGAAAGAUAAAGGUGUCAUUGAUCCUGUGGCUACAGCUGUGUACUUACACCUGUGUUUUUAUUGGAGUUUGUGCAUCAAGCUCAUGAUUCAGCUGGAGAAGCCCCUGGUGCCGGGGACCAUGCCUGUGGUGUGGCCCACCCUCCUGGACCUGGGCCGAGACGAGUGCAAAAGGAUCCUCCGCAAACUGGAGCUGGAGGCCUACGCUGGGGUCAUCAGUGCCUUACGAGCCCAAGGAGAUCUCACCAAGGACAAGAAGGAUCUGCUGGCAGAGCUCACCAAGAUCCUCGGGAUUUCAACAGAGCGUCAUCGAGCAGAAGUGCGGAGAGCUGUGAACGAUGAGCGCCUCACUACCAUCGCUCAUCACAUGUCCGGCCUCAGCAGCUCCUCUGAGUGGUCCAUCGAGGGGCGGCGCCUGGUCCCACUCAUGCCCAGACUGGUCCCUCAGACGGCCUUCACGGUCUCUGCCAACACCGUGGCCAGUGCCACAGCCAAUCAGAACGCCACACUCCUGCUGCCUGCUCAGACCGGGAACAAAGAAGUGGUGGUGUGUUACUCGUACACCAGCACCACAGGGACCCCUAGCUGUGCCACGGCCCCUGGAGCAGUGAUGGGGACCGCAGUGAAGCCCCCCCGGCCUGCCAGCCCCUCCUCUAACGUGGUGGUUCUGCCCAGCGGGAGCACGGUCUACGUCAAGAGUGUGAGUUGCUCGGACGAGGAUGAGAAGCCCCGUAAGCGCAGGAGGACAAACUCGUCUAGCUCUCCUCCUGUGGUGCUGAAGGAGGUGUGCAAGAGCUCUCCUCCCCUCUGCUCCUCCUCCUCCUCCAAGAGCAUCAGUGUCCCUGUGAGCGGCAGCCCCAAGAUGAGCAACAUCAUGCAGAGUAUCGCCAACUCCCUCCCCCCACACCUCUCCCCCGUCAAGAUCACCUUCACCAAACCCGCCCUCCAGACCAGCAACUCCACCACGCAGAAGGUGAUCAUUGUGACCACGUCUCCGAGCUCCGGCUUCGUCCCAAACAUCUUGUCCAAGUCUCACGGCGGCGCCACCAUGUCCAAGCUGGGCGCCACGUCCAUCCUGACCCCUCCCACUCACAAGCAGACGGUGGUCUUCCCCUCCAGCCCCGCCCACACCGUCGCCGUGACGACAGUAGUGUCCUCUGCCCCCCCUGUGCUCAUGUCCACCAUGGCCCCAUCGGGCUCGUCUGCCGGGGUGAAGGUGGCCACAGCUCGCCUGCCUUCUCCAAAGACCUCCCACAUCCUGGCCCAUCUCCCCAAACAGCAGUCCCCAAAGCAGCUGCAGCAGACCUCUGUGGGGGCCACUGCUGUGAGCCAGAGCCCAGGGGCCACCUCCUCCCCAGGAGCCAAACCCACCAUCCAGAUCAAGCAGGAGUCAGGGGUAAAGAUCAUCACGCAGCAGAUGCAGCCGUCUAAGAUUCUGCCCAAACCCUCGUCUGUGGGCCUGUCUGGCAGCAGCUCCGCCCCCAUCAUGGUUGUUAGCAGCAACGGCGCCAUCAUGACCACCAAGCUGGUCACGCAGCCCACCGCCUCACAGGCCACAUACACCCGUCCCACUGUGAGCCAGAGCCUGGGGGCCCGGCUCUCUGCCUCUGGGGGAGGGGCCACUUACGUUAAGACCACCAGCGGCAGCAUCAUCACCGUGGUGCCCAAGUCUCUGGCCACGUUCGGAGGAAAGAUCAUCAGCAGCAACAUCGUCUCAGGGACCACCACAAAGAUCACCACCAUCCCCAUGACCUCCAAGCCUAAUGUGAUCGUGGUGCAGAAGACCACCGGGAAAGGAACCACCAUCCAGGGCCUGCCCGGGAAGAACGUGGUCACCACUCUGCUCAACGCCGGGGGAGAGAAGAGCCUGCAGGCCUUACAGGGCUCCAAACCCGCCAUCAUCACUGCCUCUCGACCAAUCACAAAGAUGAUCGUGACUCAGCCCAAAGGCCUGACAUCUGGGGCCCAGUCCACCGCCACCAAGAUCGUGUACGGACAGCAGGGCAAGACCCAGGUUCUGAUCAAGCCCAAGCCGGUCUUCCAGACGGCGGUGGUGAGUGAACAGGCUCGACAGCUGGUCUCUGAGAGCCUCCAGCAGGUGACCCGCUCUGCAGACCCAGGCCAGGACCCAGGCCAGGACCCAGGAGGAUCCAGAGAGGAGCCUGCUGCUGCUGCUGCUGCUGCUGCUGCUGCUGCUGCUGCUGCUGCUGCUGCGGCGGCGGAGGCUGGAGGGCAGCAGGUGGACACUGCUCCAACUGUCUCACAAGAUGCCCAGGCCGUGGUCCACAUGGUGUCUGGUCGGGAGGCGGCGGAGUGGACGGAGCAGGAGGUGUCUGUGGAGUCCAGUCCCUCCAUCAUCUACCAGGAGGUGACACCAGGAGAGUCUGCGGCCUCCACCAUCAAGGCCCUGUUGGAGUUGCAGCACACUAAAGAGAAGGCGGAGUCCAAAGUGAGGCAGCACACCAUCGACCUGAGCCAGAUGGCCGUCCCACUGCAGCUGGCCCCUGAGAAGAGCCUCCUGGAGCCACCCAGAACUACCUCCUCCUCCACCACCUCCUCCAGCACCUCCACCACCUCCUCCACCUCCCCCACAGAGGGAGGGCAGGGGACAGCAGAGGCCGUCCCAGCAGUUCCAGGUAAAUCCAGAGAGGAGGCGCUGGUGUCCUCCGCUCCGCCGCUGGUGAAGGCACUGAAGAUCGUCCCUGUUACCGUGGUUACCAAGCCCGCCACCGCCUUCACCUCCUCCUACUCUUGCGUCAGCACGUCCGGACACGCCAGCCACACGGUGUCUGACAGCAGCAGACCUGCCCCCCCCGCGGAGCUCAGUGAGGCGGAGGGGGACACGCUGGACCCCCAGACCGGCCUCUUCUACCGCUCGGCUCAGACCCCCGUCCAGCCUGACCCCCACGGCAAACAGCAGCUGGCCCCCUCCACGCCUCCUCUUGCCAAGAAGCCCCCCAAGCUGAGGGAGUCUCCACAGCCUCCCGCCCCCAGCCCCAAACCCAGCCCUGCUCCUGGGCCCCCCCCCAAACCCACAGUCACUCCUCAGCUGCCCAAGCUCCAGCACGCCCCCACCUCUCACCACCGACCCCCCCGCACCGACAUGUCCCACCCCCCCCCUCUGCAGGCACACCACCCCAUCAGCAUGGACAAGGCCUCAGCCAAUCAGCAGCCCAUCAUCACGCAGAGCGCCACGGUCACUAAGAUCACCUUUGGGGGCCCGCACAGCGCCGAGGCCACUGCCAAGCUGCAGCCAGAGUCCAGGCCCCCAGGGGACAAGUCUGUGUCUGACAUCCUGAAGAUCUCCAUGAUGGAGGCGGAGAUCGACCCCUGCACGGAGCCCAUGGUGGUGGACUCCUCCAGUGACUGCGGGCCCCUGGCCAAGAGCCUGGUCCAGGCCCUGGACUCGGGGCCCUUCAUCAGCAGCUCCCACAGCAAAGGCCCCCAGUACAGCUGUCUCCAGAGUCUGGCAGCGCAGAGGAGCAAGGAGGACAUGGACAUCAUCCAGGUGAUACCGCAGUUCUCCAUCCUCCCGGACUCCAGUCAGUCCAGUGUUGUGGUGGAGCCCAGUGGGUUCCUGGAGAUCACCAACUUCACCAGUCAGCAGCUGGAGGAGGACAGCCCCAUGGACACAGAGGUGGACAGCAGCAACGACGAGGCCACGCCCAGCCCCCACCCCGACCUGGGCCCCCACCACACGUAG